CCUUUUCGUUGCAGUGCUAGCCGCCUGUACCUUCCCUUGUGGGCAUCCAUCCUUUCACCAUGGGCAGCGUCAUGACACCCCAGCAAUCUCCAGGGACGACUGGCGUCCAAGCGCCAAUCGCCGAUUCUCCGCUUGGUCAGCCUCGGCGCAUACGCGUCAUCUGCAUCGGGGCGGGCAUCACGGGAAUCAAUCUCGCCUACAUGCUCCCAAAACAUAUCAAGAAUCUUGAUUAUGUCAUGUACGACAAAAACCCCGAAGUGGGAGGAACGUGGUUUGAGAAUACCUAUCCCGGUGUCGCUUGCGACAUUCCCGCACACAUUUACCAAUAUGCGUGGGCGCCCAACCCUAACUGGAGUGAAUUCUAUGCGAGUGGCAAGGAAAUCUUGGCCUACGUGCAGUCCGUGGCGCAAAAGUUCGAUCUGGUCAAGUUUGCCCGUCUCCAACAUACCGUGUGUCAUGCUUCAUGGGACGAAAGUGAAGGCAUCUGGAACGUCAAGAUCAAAAAUGACUUGACUGGGGAGAUCAUCAGCGACACUUGCCAAUUUCUUAUCAACGGAGGCGGCUUCCUCAACAACUGGAGACUACCCCAAAUCCCAGGUAUACACUCAUUUGCGGGUCCCUUGUUGCAUUCUGCGAACUGGGACGCUUCCAUCGCUCUGGAAGGCAAACGCGUCGGAGUUAUUGGGAACGGCUCAUCUGGCAUCCAGCUUGUCACCGCGAUCCAGCCCUUGGCGAGCCACCUCACCACGUUCAUUCGAAACCCUACCUGGAUCUCGACCGUGUAUGCACAGGAAUUUGCAAGCGAAGGUGGUGGCAACUUCAAAUACUCGGAGGAGCAGAAGAAAUCAUUCCAGAAUGACUCCGAAAAAUACCUCGCCUAUCGGAAGGCAAUUGAGACGGAAAUGAAUGGGAAGUUUGAAAUUAACUUCAAGGAUAGCGAGUUUCAAAAGAUGGCCCGUGCUUAUCUGGCAGAUCAAAUGCGGAAGCGCCUUGGCGAAGGACACCCGUUGGCCUCGAAGCUGAUCCCAGACUUCGCAGUCGGCUGCAGGCGCUUGACGCCCGGGGUGGGAUACCUAGAAGCCCUCACAUCUGAGAACACAACAGUCAUACAAGAUCCGAUCGACUACAUCACACCGACUGGUGUCCAGCUAAAGGAAGGCAACGCUGUGGACCUCGAUGUCCUGGUCUGUGCGACUGGGUUCGACGUCUCGUGGGCCCCUCGAUUCCCGAUCAUCGGCCGUAACGGAACCAACUUGCAAGAAAGAUGGACUCGGUCUAGGGCGGCAGCCUACAUGGCUAUGGCAGUGCCCGAUUUUCCCAACUACUUCAUAUUCCUGGGCCCUGGCGGACCACACUCACAUGGAUCAGCAAUCCCCACGAUUGAGCACCAGACACGGUACAUCAUCCGCAUGAUUUACAAAGCCCAGACCGAAGGCUACAAAGCCAUAGCGCCUUCCUCGGCUGCAACUGAGGAGUUCCUUACGCACAUGAAGGAAUUCAACAAGAAGGCGGUCUGGAGUGACAACUGCAGCUCCUGGCUCAAACAAGGUAGCGACCAGGCAUCUCCGUUGUGUCACCCGGGAAGUCGGAUCCACUGGUUUCAUAUGUUGCAGGCGCCAAGGUGGGAGGACUGGAUCUGGGAACCUAUCACUCCGGGAAACAGGUUCAGCUACUUAGGAAAUGGUUAUACAACCUGGGAGGAAGAGGGCAAAGACAUCAGCUGGUACAUAGAUCCGGCAAAGAGCGGCCUCGAAGUGAUUCGGUAUUGAUCACACAUGUAGUACAACAUGUUAUCCCGAAACUCGGCGACCUAGAUAGCGACAAUGGCUAUGAUGAGACUGAGCCUUCUGCGC